UUAAGUUCGAUAUUACUUAGUUUUCAUUGAAGCGCUGUGAAGGCAACAAUAUAAUGGACUUCGAACUAAAUGGAAAAGUAGUUUUAGUGACAGGUGGGCUUUCUGGAAUAGGUCUCCAGUUUGCGAAGGAGCUUCUUCGAGCUGGUGUUAAAGGGGUAACUCUAGCAGACGUAAAUCCCAACCAGGCCCAAACAGUUUUAUCUGAUAUAGAAGAAGAGUUUGGCUCCAACAGAGCAUUGUUUGUAAAAACAGAUGUGAGCGAUAUCGAACAAUUUGAGAAUGCGUUUAAGAAAACUAUAGCAACAUUCAAGCAUGUUGACGUUUUAAUAAAUAACGCUGGUGUUAGCAACGACAAGAUGUGGCAAAAGGAAGUUGCAAUAAAUGUUAAUGGUGUGAUAAACGGAAUCAUUUUGGGCCUAGAAAAGUAUUUGCCUAAAUACAGACAAGGACCCCAAGCCGUCAUUCUCAAUGUCUCCUCCGUAGCCGGUAUUUUAGCGGUUCCAAGUAAUCCGAUAUAUUCUGGAACUAAGGCAGCCAUCGCCCAUAUGACUAGAUGCUGGGGUGAUCCGCAUCACUAUACAAGAACCAAGGUCAAAGUGUUUGCAGUUUGUCCAGGAAUGACUGCAACACCACUAAUAGCUACUCUAAAAGAAACAACUUUAGGAGAAGCGUAUUGUAGCUGGUUUGACAGUAACCUGGACGCAUUUCCAUCACAAGAACCUGAACACGUGGCUCGAGAAGGAAUAAAACUUAUACAGUCUUGCCCUAAUGGAACUAUUUGGGUGGUUGAAAACGGCCAAUCAGCCUACCAGUACGUUUUUCCGGAGAGGGAAACAAUGCAGAAGUAAAUUUUAUGGAACUAUUCUCUUAUGGUACUAUACAAGGAAAAGUACCUAUUUUUUGAUAUUUAAAACAAGUUGUUUUAUAUUAAUAUUUUUAAUAAUUGAUAUAUACUUUUAAAGCACAAUAUUUCAGUUCACUUUUAUUUUCACAGGUGAUUUAUUCUUAUUUAAUACAGAGUGUACA